GUAAUGUGUAUGACUCAGUGUAAAGUCCAAGGCUCCUCCCCUUGCUGAAAACACACCUGUGAACUUUAUGAUCCAGUUCACUCUGAAACUCACCGUAAGAGACGUGAACAACUCUCUUCAUGAGCUAAACUACAGGGAUGGAAUCUAGCAUGAGUCUCCUGUCCGAGAAGCACUUCCUGUGCUCUCUGUGCGAGGACAUGUUCAGCAGCCCAGUGACGACACCCUGCGGCCACAGCUUCUGUAAAAUGUGUCUGCGCACGUACUGGAGCCGCAGCGGGACAGAAGAGUGUCCGCUCUGUAGGAGGGCCUUUGGCUCCAGACCACGUAUCAGUGUGAACCGCAUACUGGCGGACGUCACCGAAAACUACAGGAAGACACGUAUGGCUGCUAAAUCAAAGUUUUUUAGUAUGGAUGAACUUCAAGAUGAACCUAAGGAUGCAGGAGAGGUGGAUAAAAUGAUUCAGGAAAGAGUUCAAAAGAUUGACAAACUUCAGAAUUCCUUAAAGCUCCUAAAGAGCUCAUGUCUCCGAGAGGUUCAGGAAAGUCAGAGGGUGUUUUCUUCUCUGUUGAGCGCCUUAGAGAACGGCCAUAAACUGGUCGUGACAGCAGUGGAGCUGAAACAAAGAGAGGCGGAGAAAAGGGUCGAAAGACUUGUAAAAGACCUGGAGAAAGAAAUCCUUGAACUGGACAAAGGACACGCCAACAUAGAGCUCUUGAAUGACAAGGAGCGUCUUAAAAAGAGCUUCAGUCAUAUACCGCGAGCUAUGAGAGACUGGUCUAAAGUCACACUGGAGACUGACCCUUGUGUUGGCGUCACCAGCCAGGCUGUGGUUGAGUUCAUGGAUAUGGUCAUGGUGGAAGCUAAAAGACUUUCUAAAGCUGAACUGAAGAGGCUGCAGAAGUACUCGGUUGACGUUAAUCUGAAUCCCCGGACAGCUCACGCUUACCUCUACGUCUCUGAGGACCGAAAGGAGGUUAGACACGCCAAUAAGCGACAAGAAGUCCCAGAGAACCCCAAGAGGUUUGACCGGGUGGCCAAUGUAAUGUCCAAGGAAGCCUUCAGCUAUGGAAGGCACCUUUGGGAAGUGGAGGUUGGAGACAAGACUGACUGGGAUUUGGGUGUAGCCAGACAAUCUGUCAACAGAAAGGGAAAAUUCACAAUAUGUCCAGCCAAUGGCUUCUGGACACUUAGCUUAAAGAAUGGCACCCAGUAUGUUGCUAACACAACCCCUCCAACUUGCUUUAGCCUCAGUCAAAAGCCCAAAAGAGUGUCUAUUUACCUGGACUAUGAGGGGGGACGCGUAUCUUUCUAUUGUUUGGAUACCGGGACUCAUAUCUACACUUUCAAAGAUACUUUCACAGAUAAGCUUCACCCCAUCUUCAGCCCGGGACGACCCCAUGGGGAAAAAAACACUGCUCCCCUUAUCAUCAGCAGCAGCUGCUGCAGCAUCUGAAACAAUAUGCCAGCAGUUACAGCUUUCACUUCCUUUACCACUGCCGUUAUAGGGUGCAAUUAUUACACAUAUUCCUUUUUAUUUAUUACUGGUUCUACUUAAAGCCUUAUUUUGAUUACAGACAUGAAGGAUACCUCAAACUGUGAAAGUUUUACUCAUAAGAGGUGGAUAUUACUUUCUAGGUGAUCAGAUUCACGGUUGACCUGCUGGACAAUAUAACAAGCAAAAAAACAAACAAAAAAACAAACAAACAAACAAACAAACAAUCCCAUUGACUUGCAUUACAGGAGGACUGAAGCCUGAAUUUAGAGACUAGAAUAAUACUAAGAUCUGGGGUCCGACGUAAAAAAAAUAUUGUUG